UUGAGAUUCAGUUGAGUCGGGACAGAGCCCCGUCGCGCUUUAGUAACGUCGCCAAUAUAAUUUCAAGAAUUAAAAUGGUUGUGUUCAACGCGCGUGGGCUCAUGCCGCCUGUCUUUACUCCUCUGAACGAUGAUCUUACCAUUAACUAUGCCGCGAUACCACCCUAUGCGCAGUUUCUUCAGAAGUCUGGCAUCAAGUCAGUGCUAGUCGGCGGCACAACCGGCGAGCAUCAGUCCCUAAGUGUGGCCGACAGGAAGAAAGUGGUGGAAGCGUGGGUGGCCGUUGCCAAAACCACCGGUCUGCACAUCCAAGUGCAAGUCGGCGGGGCGCCAAUGGCAGAUGUUCUGGAUUUGGCUAGAUACUGCCAGUCAGUCGGCGCCGAUUCCCUGCUGACUCUUCCAGAGCUCUACUUCAAGCCCAAGACUGUGGAUGAAUUGGUCUCCUAUGUGGAACUGGUCGCCCAGGCGGCCCCGAAACUGCCCGUGCUGUACUAUCACAUUCCCUUCAUGAGCAAAGUCGAGGUAAAUAUGCCAGCAUUCGUAGCGAAAGCCACGGCUCGUAUCCCCAACUUCAAGGGUAUCAAAUUCACCUCUAAUGACUUGAGCGAGGGCGCGCAAAUGUUGAGGACUCUUAAGGAAGGCCAAGAGAUGUUCCUAGGAGCGGAUACUCUACUGGCCCCAGCAGCGUUGCUCGGCAUCAAGUCGGGUAUCGGUACCACCUUCAACAUCUUUCCGAAACUGGCUCAAGAUAUCUUGGAUGCUGUGGAAGCCAAUGAUGUUCCCAAAGCGAGAGCACUGCAGGAAACUCUCAGUCUUGCUGUAGAGGCACAUACUGGAGAAGGUGAAUGGGUGCCAAUAAUGAAAGCCGGCAUGGAAAUCGUAACUGGCAUCAAAGUGGGCCCGCCGUCGCUGCCCCAACGGCCCAUUUCUGCCGAGGCGAGGAAACGGAUCGAGGGCAGACUCAGGAGCCUUAAGCUAGUCAAGUAGAAUUAAGACUGUUGGAGACGAACAAAAUAAAUACAUA